UAAAGGCAUAAAAAGUAUUGUGUUUACAUAUUUUUCGCACAGAACAAAUCAACCUUGCUGCUGUUGUUUUUAUUAUCACUUUUGAGAAAUUAUUUGGAAGAUUAAAUAGACAUGGCGGCCAACCGCGCGCGAAGGAUAAAUGCCGGCGUAAGAAUCGGGAAGCUUUUGGAUGACGAAGAGGAAGAUGAAUUUUAUAAAACCUCUUACGGUGGCUUUGAAGAUGAAGAUGAUCAUGACCAGGAUUAUGUUCAGAAAGAUGAAGAAGAAGACAUAGUGGAUUCCGAUUUUAGUAUAGAUGAGAAUGAUGAGCCUAUAUCCGACCAAGACGAAGAAGACGUUAAAAAGCGAAGACGUACGGGAGUGCAAACAAAAGCAUACAAGGAGCCUAAGCCUGCUAAAAAAGAAGAUAAAACUUAUGGAAGUCCCUCCAAGAAAAAGACUGGCCCAGGAAGAAAAAGGAAAGCGCGAGCAAAGUUUACCGUCUUAGAUUCAGGGCGUAAAUCUAUAAGAGCUUCCACUGCUAUUAAAACUCAAGCUACUAAGAUUCGUUUAAAGGAAAUGGACGAUGCUCGCAAAAGAAAGAGAAGAGCAGUUAGAGUAGAAGAGUAUAUGCCUACACAAGAAGAACUACUAGAAGAAGCAAAAAUUACUGAAGAAGAGAAUAUAAAGUCACUAGAAAAGUUUCAAAAAAUGGAAUUGGAAAAGAAAAAAACCCGCCCAACUAAACGUCUGUUUUUGGGUCCGAUAAUACGUUACCAUUCCUUGGCAAUGCCUGUUGUACGUAAACAAACACGUGGCUGUAAUACUGGUUUCGACUCAAAAGAUCCGAGAUCAAAAUGUGAACGAACGUUUAUUUCAUUUGAAAAUGAUUUGGAUGACAAGGUUUUUCAAAGCAUCUUUAAAGUCAAGAAAUUGCCAAAAAAUGCCGGUUACCUUUGUUCCAUCACCAAGUUACCAGCUCGUUAUUUCGAUCCUGUCACCCAGCAGCCUUAUUACAGUAUACAGGCCUUCAAAAUUUUACGCGAAGCCUACUAUAUGCAAUUGGAGGAGCGCGGUAAUACAGAUAACCCACAAUUGCAAAAAUGGUUAGAAUGGCGAAAAUUAGUUAAAGAAAAUCGUCUAAAAUCUGCAGCCAAUACAAGCUAAAUAUCAAACCUUCAAAUACCAAAAAUUGAUUAAGCAGCUAGAAAGCUAUUCCAUUACGUUCAUUACUUUUAUUUUACAUUGUUUGAAUAAUAAUAAGAUUGGUAUUUUUAUCGGACAAUAGCGCAGAUACUCCUAAUUUUUUUAUUUUUUUUUCGAUUUGAUGUGUUACAUUUAAUGUAUGUAGCCACAUAAUAAGAAUGUAUGUUGAUUUGUAAGAAAUUGA